AUGAGUAACGCUUCCGCCAGCGCGUUCUCGCUCUGGUCCUUCCUUUCCAUUCUCUUUCUCGUUUUCAUUAUCCACCAUCUUUGGGCGUACGACCGCUUCAAGUGCCUUCGUUGGUCUGCAGGCCGCCAGCCAGGUGCCUUCAAGCGCGUCAUGACCUACUCGUAUGUGAGCGCGGUACCACUGCUAGCAAUAUACAGUGUUGGCAUGACGGUCAUUAAGGUCCGCGAAGGAUACACAGUAGGACCCGGCGGCGCGAUCAUUCCCGUUCCCAUCGAUUUCUACCGACCUGAGAACAUCAGCUGGGUGCUGCCUCUUCAGUUCGUUUUUAGUUUUGCCUGGGCUCUUGAAAUGGUUACCCAUCUCGAAGAGCUCGCGUUCUGGCUCUACCUGCUGCAUCAAAAACCCCACAAGGAGGCGUGGUUCUCGAGCUGGGAGUACAGGCUGUGGUACUUAGGGAGCAUCGUUGCGGUGAUUGGGAUGCCUCUCACGGCUCUCAUCACUAGGAAUGAUCUUGUUACGUGCGAUGCUUACAUCUUCCUCGUUGGCUCGGCCGGCUCGACAUCCACCACCGUCGCCUUCCUUUACGUGCUUUGGCGGUUCCCGAAGUUCAUCAGACAUGUCAAGAUCGAAGGUGCUGACCCGACCGUUGUUGUCAGGCUGGCAACAUUCUAUCAGCUCAAUCAAGCAAGAGUAGUCUUCCGUUUCCUCUUCACAAUCCCCUUGUUGAUCCUCGCGCUGGAUGGAAUCGUUGGCCACUCCCAUUCGAUCAACCAUAACCUAUUUGUUACGGACACCCUACAGAUGAUCUCAGGCAUCGGCUGCAUUGUCUCCUCCAUGAUCACCCUCCUCAUCUUCUUUCCUCGCUCGAUCGUUCGCGAAGCAGGUUACAAGCCGAAGGUGUCCAACUCCGUCCCCGUCUCUCCCAAAGGCUCGCCCAUAACCCCAACUGAGCACGGGAUGCCCGGCGGAGUGCGUGUUAUGCACUCUGCAGCGCAAUCCAUACUACCAGCGCACCUGGCUGCGUACGCACAUGCCAACGGCUUCCGCGUCAGCGUCACGGGUAGGACCACCGCUUACACCACGACGGGGAUGAGCGGAUGGGAGACGGAGCCAAGCCUGUAUCCACACAGUCUCAGCGCGUAUUCCCCACGAGAGUCGAUCUAUGACUCGCCCGCGCCGUACUCAGCCGAGGAUGGUAGUGAAGAACACACGACGAGUUUCAGCGCGAUGCAAGCAAUGCAGAAGAGGGCGUCCAGAAGAGGGAGCAGGAGGUCGAAACACACGCCACACACCCUCGCGGAAGAGGAUGAAGACGAGGCACGGAGACUGGAGGAAGUGGAGGAGGGGGAACGGAGAGGGAAGGAACCGGACGAUGGGAGGGCCGAAGGUGCAGAGGAUGAGGAAGAACGAGCACCACCGUACCAAGAUUCCGUCGCCCCUGAUACGGCACACCCUCCCCAAAAGCGCCCUUUCCACCACGUCCACUCAAGCCCACAACUUCGCGCACAUACCGAACCCCUCGUCCCUUCUACUCAGGCCACAACAGACGUCAAGUCGAAGCGGCGAACAUGGGACUGGGAAGAACGCCGACUUACUGGUGGCGCGAACACGCAACGGGCUAGUCUUCAUCUCAUCGCGAACAUCAGCCCAGACGCGCCUCCGGUUGUCGGGUCGGGAGUGUCGAUGAACUUAGUGAACUUGAACCCGGGACCUGGGGCACCCGUCGUUGGACACGGGCAUGGGGUAGGAGGGUCGGGGUGGAGAGGGCAAGGUGGUGGGGCAUCAACGCUACAUCCAUAUCUAGUCAACUUCACAUCACCGAUCGAUUUGGUCGACUUGCCCCCGCAUCCAGAGCUUCCCCAGCCUCGGUGA